CAACGACCGGCUCCGCGACGAUCCGACGUCGACAAAACCUGGAUCUCGUCCAUACAUCCAUAUAGUACCGUCCUUUGCGGUACAAUGAUAUGCGAAGAUCGACAGUCGGUGAUCGAAUAGUUUCUCACCUACCUGUUCACGUACGUCAAGAUGGCUCCCAUUUCUCAUACCAAAGGACAGGCGAAGGCGAAGGCGAAGUCGAAGUCGAAGUCGAAGUCAAAGUCGAAGUCGGGCAGCCGCAAGCCUGCCUACAAACGACUCAGAAUCGAAGAAAGGCGAGUCGAAAGGAGGACAGAAAAGCAGAAAGGACUCGGACAUCAGGUGGAGGAGAACAGCACCAGGCAGAGGGAAUCCAGCAAGGAUUUCGUCGAGAAGCACCUCCUUAGCAAGAAAUACUCGAUGCUCGGCUAUCUUGCUACUACGUUGGAAUGCAGCAUCGCCCAUAUCAAGGACCUCAUUCCCCAACCGUUGAAAAUUUCCAACUGUGACUAUGUCUUGAUCGGAUCCCUCUUCGCGGCUUUAGAGAAGGAAGGACCUGAUACGAUGAGCGCAUUGAAGAGGAUCAUGAGCAAGGAGAACAGAGACGAUCAAAAACCCAACAUCGAACAGGAUGUAGGGCUCGAAUUGGCUUGUAUGUUCGUGCUUGAAGAGUCGAACUUGUGGGCAGCUGAGUACGAGCCUCAGCCUCGCGGGGAACCGUACGAUCUAGACCUCGACGACAAGGACCUUCCCGAAGGUUUCAAGGAUCUCGUCCGACGUCUCCGCAGCCAGCUUGCGAACCUCUAGCUGGUCUCGAAUUCCGCGAAGAUAGAUCUCGACGGCCCCAAAGGUCUUGAAGCGUUUGCGGUCCUCCUUUGUCGCAUCUGGGCCGACCUCGUCAACUUCUAGCUUCUCAUUGGCAUCCGUGACCUCUCUGCAUCCCGAUUGAACAAUAUUCCGUAGCCCUACGACCACCACCAUCGACGUUCCAAGUGUUUGACGCAAUCGAAGAUCAUGUAACGUACUAGUGGACGAGUGACGCAUAAAAUGAAUACGUCGAUG